UGGGGAGGGAGGGAGAACGCAUUCUUACUGUAGAAAUGAGAAAUCCCGGGAUCCCGAGGGGAAUCCAGUGACCUAUUGCUCCAGAGAGUUUAGGCCCUCCACCAGCUUCCCGGAUUUCAUUUUGCAGCCCGGAGGCCCUGGAAGAAUCCCAAGACCGCCGGGCUAGAUUUUUUAGUUUGCAGAGCCCGGAGGGGCUGGGCUUGUUGACUCUCCACUUUGUUUUUCUCCUUCCUCCUCCUCCUCCUCCUCCUCCUCUCCACUGCUUGCUGGCGGGCCUUCCCCUUGCAGCAGCUUCCUUUGUCCUUUCCCCUCAUUUUCCUCUCCGUACUUACUGCUUCCCCCACUCCUCCUCCGCCUCACUCCCUCUCCUCCCAUAUCGCCCUUCCUGCUUCCCCCUCCGCAUAUAUGGGAUGGGGGAGGCCCGGGAAGAGGGACCACGUGUUUUCUGGUGCUGCUGUGGGAGACGACUCGAAUGUUUCUGCAACCGGGGGGAAAAAGAGGAGGAUUCUGGAAUUUAAGGAUUAGGCUUCACCACGUUUGGGAGAGAUAAAAAGUGGCAUCUUUUGGCCCCGGGUUACCUAAACUACCGACCCUUGUAGUAUUUUUUUUUUUUAAACGGCUAUCAUUUAGUUUGGGAACCAUUUGCAGUGAAUGUUGAAAGUUUCACGUGUUUGCAAUGUUUUGAUGAGGCAGCUAUAUGGAAAUGAUAUGCACAACAUGAAGAAAAAAGGAAGAGGAAGAACAAGCAGACAGAGAAGAAGAAAAUUUAGAACUUCAGAGUCAAGUAAAGUGAGUGAGAGCCACAAAUUAGAAUUUAUAGAGCUUAGAAAGUGGCUAAAAGAAAGGAAAUUCGAAGAUCACAAUCUAAGACCAACAAGAUUUUCAGGUACAGGAAGAGGUUUGAUGGCUGUGAAAUCCUUGCAGCCAGGAGAGCUGAUUAUUUCAUUGCCUGAGAAAUGCUUACUCACUACAGACACUGUAAUUAAAAGCUACUUGGGAGAUUAUAUUACUAAGUGGACUCCUCCUAUAUCUCCCUUGCUGGCGCUGUGUACUUUUUUAAUUUCAGAAAAUAAUGCAGGAAAUAAGUCUCCCUGGAAGCCAUACCUGGACAUUUUACCAAAAGACUAUACUUGUCUUGUUUGUUUGGAACCUCAAGUGGUGAGACUUCUACCUAAACCUUUAAAAAUAAAAGCCCAAGAGCAGAAGACACAAGUUCAGGAAUUGUUUGUUUCUUCAAGAGGAUUCUUUUCUUCUCUACAAUCUUUAUUUACUGAGGAUGUGAAACACAUUUUUCACUAUCAUGCAUUUCUUUGGGCUUGGUGUACCAUUAACACCAGAACAGUGUACAUGAAACAUGCACAGAAGAAAUGUCUUUCAGCAGAGCCAGAUGUGUAUGCUUUAGCUCCAUAUUUAGAUCUAUUGAAUCACAGCCCAGGAGUUCAGGUAAAUGCAGCCUUUAAUGAGAAAACCCGUUGUUAUGAAAUUAGGACUACUUCAAGUUGCAAAAAAUAUGAAGAACUAUUCAUCUGCUAUGGCCCUCAUGAUAAUCACCGACUGCUUUUAGAAUAUGGAUUUGUUGCCAUAAAUAAUCCACAUAGUGCUGUUUAUGUAUCAAUAGAUAGCCUUGUGGAUCACCUUCCUUCAGUGGACACACAAAUGAAUAAGAAGCUUUCCCUUUUAAAGGAGCAUGGCUUUUCAGAGAAUUUAACUUUUGGAUGGGAUGGUCCAUCUUGGAGAUUGCUUACAGCCCUUAAAUUAUUAUGUCUUGGAGCGGAUGAAUUUACAUGCUGGAAGAAAGUGCUUCUUGGUGAAGUGAUUUCAGACACAAAUGAAUGGAAAAGUUUGGUCUUGUCCAGAAAAAUAUGCUCUUCUUUUAUAGAAGAGACCAAAACUGCACUUCAGAAGAUUUCCCAUAUGAAGGAUGAAGAAACAGCCUUGAAAGACCAGUUAACUUUGGUAGAAAAUUUGUGGUUAGAAGAACUAAAGCUUCUUCAAGUGUCUGCAGAUAUUCUAAAGAAUGUGCACCAAGAAACCACCUGACCUACUCAGAGUUAUUUACCUUUGUGGUGUGUGAUUUUUUUUUUUUUUUGAUGCAAAUAAUUAUUUGUUUAUGAAUUUUUUCAUUUUUGUUUUUCUUUUUGCAAAUAAUAUCACCUCAUUUAAGAAAGGUUUAUUAAUUACUUGCUGCUCCAGGCUUUAUAUUCAGUACUGAACACACAAAUAUAAAAAUGAUAAUUUCUGCCCCCAGAGAGAGCAUAUUGGAGAAUGUUCACAGAUAAGUAAAUAUUAGAUCUAUAUAAAAUAAAUAGAUAUAUAUUUGCGGAGCAGCAGGAAAGGACACUAGCAAUUGGAUGAAUCAAGAAAAGCCUUUUGAAAGAGGGGGCACUUGUGCAGAACCUUAACAGGGUUUAAGGAUUACAAAAGUACAAGGAAGGAAGAAGACCAUUCUUAGCAUGGGAUGCUAUCUAAUGAGAAGACAGGGAAUCAGGAGAUUGAAUGUCACAUUCAGCAAGAUGUCACAUCCAUGCAAUAUCAUAAACAACCAGGAAGAGGGUUGGUUUGGCCAUUGGGUGGUGGAAUUAGCCUGGAAAAGUAGAGCCAGCGUAUAAGAAUUUAAAAAAAUCUUCAGUUCUUUACUACUACUUAAAAACACCAAGAUCUAUACAAUAUACAUAUAUAAUUUACAUAAUAAAUAUUUUAGUAUGUUAAUGUUAAUAUGUUUGUUAGUAUGAUGUUUUGUAUGUUAAGGAUGGUUUCAUUGUCUUAAACAUCAAUAUAAAAUAUAUUGAAUAUAUUUUAAGAGAUAAUAAAGAACUGAAACAAUUAUAUAUAUAUAUGUAUAUCUACACACAUAUAUAUUAUAUACAGACAGAGAAAAUCGGUUUUUGUGACUUUAGAAUAAGACUUGUAUAGGCUGUGACUACAAGAAUAUAAGCAAAAACAAGAUUUGAAGAUCACACACAUUCUAAUUAUAAUGACCAAUCUUCUUGGUAGAGGGGUAGGAAACUGAACGUAGAUAGGGACAUGCUGUUGGAUGCCUCUGGUUUGUUACAAAGGAUGACCUGGUAAGGCAUUUUGUUGGGAGAUGAUUAUUUUAAUGUUAAAAGGUUUAUGUUGCAUACACACACAUAUACACACAGAGAAAUAAAUAUGUGUAUUUGUAUAGAGAGGCAGUGUAGCAUAGUGGAUAGAGAGCUGUCCUUGGAACCAGGAAUAUCUGAGUUAAAGCUUUGCCCCUAACAUGUAUGGACUGUAAUCCUGGGUAAAUCAUUUAAGGCGCUUUUUUAAGACUAAAUUGCAUAGGAGCUGAUAUUCUUUGGUAGAAGAAAUUCCUCAUUGGGAGCUUAAUAGGAUUUAACAUGAGUUAAAGCAUAAGACAAAUCUCUAUCACUGUCUAGGUGUGUGAAUAUGCAUAUCCACAUGUGUACAAGUGCUCAGAGAAAUAUAUGCAUUCAGAAAUAUAGGGAUGUGUGUAAAAAUGAUUGUGUAGCCAGCUAUGUGGACAGAAAGAGCUAAUACUUCAAGGAAAAGUAUAAAGACGAAGAACAUGAGGAAAUAUGUCAUGUAUCUUUCACACUUUUGCCAGAGCUAUUUUACUGAAGCUCUGAUGUGAUACUUAUCUAUUCAAAAACACUUCAGGGCUGCCUAAUGCACAAUAAGUAAAGUAUAAAUAUGGAGUCCCUCUGCAAGCUGACUUUAAUCUGAUUUCCAAUUCUUAUCGCACGCUGUUCCCUUUUUCUACUCUGUAUUCUAGCCAAAUUCUUCCUUUUGUCCUCUCCUCUCUUUAUAUCUUUGCUCAUACCUAUCAAUAGAGUAUAUUUAUUUCAACCCAGUAGUGAGUAAUGAGGGUGAUGGUGUGGGAGGAUAUAUAUGUAUGUUUGCGUUGUGGAACGGGGUCAGUAGUAUUCUGUAUGUGUAUACAUACAUACACCUUGGAAUGAUGAUAGCUUCUAGGAUCUGUUAAGUAUCACCUCCUAUAAGGAGAUUUUCCUCAUCCCCGCAAGUUCAGGGAUAAGAGAGAGGUUCUCUCUCAGUUAGUUUAAUAAUAAUAAUAAUAAAUAAUAUAAAGAAGUUAGUUUAACUAAUAAACUAAUAAAGUUUAGAACUAAUAAAGAAGUUAGUUUAACAAUCAAUUGAAUGUACAUGUUGAAAAUGAUAGCACAUUUGAAUGCAUUCAUAGUGCAGAUCCUGAGAGUCAAGAUUGAAGCUAACUCAAAGCAAAUUUCAUUCUCAUCUGGAUUUUAGUUAAGUGAUAGAAUUUUUUUUUUUUUUUUUUUACUCUUAAACAAUGAAAAGAAUAGACUUUUGGAAUAGAUUUCAAUGAGAUGGAAAUUGCUAAACAAAUUCUGCUUUUUGAAUGCCCUUAAAUAAGUGCUCUUUUUAUAUUACAUAUAUUAUUGUCUAUAAGUUACAACUUGUAUAAAAUUCAAAUGUCAGAGACAUAACUAACUUAGUAUAUGUUCCCUAUGUACUUUGAUGCAUGAAAAUUAUAAGGUAUCACUUUCUCCAUUAGCCUGAUUAUCUUUUGAAAAUGUCAAGAAAGUCCCACUGUCUCCUUUUAAAGAGACAUAAAAAUGAGUUUUAACUCCCUUUCUUUUUACUGUCAAGGAAAAUUCAUCUUAGUGCUCAAGAUUACAGAUUUUUUUUCUCUGGCAGAAAGUACAGACUUUAAGCCUUGUAAAUAUGUAAGUUCUUAGCAGACAAGUUUUUUUUACCUUUACUGUUUUAUUUCUUAGUAUCACUCAUUACCAAAUGGUAUUUAUUUGGAGUGAUUAGCAAAUACUGAAGGUGGUAUUUAACAUUGUUUGAAUGGAAAAUUUCAAUGUGAUUGUCUGUGUUGAAAGAAAAUAUUAUAUUUGAUCUUUUUUAUUAUUUUUGCAGACAUCAUGCAUGUCUGCUGUCAUCAACCACAAAAACCCUUUUAUAUGCUUAAAAAAGAAAAAUUCCACUAGGAAUUAACUCUACAGUAUACUUGAGAGGUAUCUAUACUAUACAGGAACGUUUUUGUCUUCUAUUUUUAAACACAAAAGAAUCAUUUUUAUUAGCCAUUUAAAAUUGUGGUUUUACUAGUUUAGUUGACAUGUUAUACAAUACAUUAUUACUGUUUUACAUUUCAUCUAUAUUUGUCCUAAGAUGUAUCCUCUUCUAAUUGAAUAAAUACUUAGUGAUGAUAAACUAAAAUAUAUAAAUAAAAACAUGUAAAUAUUUUUCCUUCUCUUUUACUGCCAUCUGUGAGAUGUAUAUUUUUCUGACUCUAUCUGUAAUCCAUUUUCUUUCUUGAUGUUUAUGUGUGUGUAAUUUGACUAAAACUUUAAUUAUAUUGGUACAUGAAACUCCCAAUAAGGAAACUCCUUUAUUGUUUUCUCUGUAAAUUAUUUUAUAGAGCUGUCUGGGGCACAGAAGUUAUGAUUUGCUGGUUUCACACAACUGCUAUGUGUCAGAGGCAAGCCUGGAAAUUGGGACUUCCUCAUAUUGAGACCACCUCUUUAUCCCCUCCCAAAUCUAGAAGGAUUACUUUGCAAUGCAAAAUUAUUGAUAUAGGAAGUAAUAUAUGUGAAAUACCCCUUUUGUGAAGUGAAAGAACACUUUCCCUCCCUACUUGUUACAUUUCUGCCUGUUGUGAAACAAAGAUGAGAGGUUUGGAGGUGAGGUCGGAAAGUGCAAUGAAUUUAACAUCAGGAGACUUGCUGUGGAGAUCAGUGGGACUUUGCAAAAGAAUUAGAAGAUCCACAUUAUAUCAUGGCAAUAGCAAGAUUAUAUGAAGAUCAAUUCUGAUCGACACGACUCUUCAAUAAUGAAAUGAUUUGG